UCACCCAUUUCACGAAGAAAGACAAUUGAAAUGCUAACACAUAAGUUUAACAAAAACAAUAAAGACUUUUACAGUCAAAAAUAAAUAUCUCAACAAUAAUCGAUAAGAAAGAUUUUAACAAUCAAUAAUAAAAAAAUAUAGAGAAAUGAGAACAUGAAGAGUGAAUAGAUAAAGAAGAGGAAGUCUACGAUUUGAGCUGAAGAUUAGUCAUCCCCUCGCUCAAUCACCAUGAAAGCAGAACAUUAUUCUAUACUUCUCCAGAUCGCUAGCAUUACCCUCAAUUUGUUUAAAAAAAUGUAUAUUGAAAAAAAAAGCUAUAUUUAUAAAGAAUACAGACAGGCCGGGCGGCCUGGUGUUUUAAGCGGCCUGUCUGGCCUGGUUGAGGGGUCGGCCUGGCCUAAAAAACGUGGCCUGUGCCUGUGACAGGCAGGCAGGCCCAGGCAGGCAGGCAGGCCUAGUGGCCUGGUUGGAUCUCUGGUGUAUAGCGUGAUAUAGGCUAAAAUUCCAGUAAAAUGGCUAUAACUCAAGAGGAAAGGCGUAUUAGCCCGAACCCUCUUGGGGUUUCUUAUUACUCACUAGGGUCUAUCUAACGAAAAUAGUCUUGAUCAAAAAGCGAUUUUCAAGUUGGGAGACUUCCCUCGUAAGUCCACAAUAAAAAAAGAAGUUUCAGUCUAAGUCUGUUCCUCGACAUAUGAUCCUCUCUGAUUCGAUUGAAAAGUUUUGUAAGAUAAAUGGAAGAAUAAAAAAUUGAGGCAUUUGCUGGCCAAUAUACUAUCUACAAUAAUAUUUCUGAUAUCAUUCUUUGAUAACAUCAACAAGAAGUUGCCCAUAGCAGUAUAAACAAUGGCUACCAGCAGCUGGAGUCUUGGGAUCAGCUGGUAUUUCCAGAGAGCCUACCACAUUAUGAAUCUAUGGGCGUUUUGGUUUCAAACUGAAUUCUGCAAAAAAAAAGACCAUGGACUUUUCUCACGCACAGGGAUGGGGAGUGGGGGAGAGUUAGGAGAGCUAGAAAAAAGCAUUCUCCCUGACGAUUAUACAGCAGCCGCACACUUUACCCCAAACUGAAGCAAUCGAUCAAAACAUCAAACGAGACAGCGACAAAAAACUAACAAAUAAACAGACCCCAUUUCACUCACCCAUGUCUGAUACACAUUCAGGGUCUUCAAAAUUACUCAUCAUCUUAAUAGCCAUAGAUUCCCCUUUUUUAAAGAUGCGGAGACUAGGGCUCUUGGGGAGUCUUCAGAAUUAUUCAUAAUAUUUAUAGCUAUAGACCCCCUUUUUUCUAGAUAGGGAGACUAGGGGGUCUUCCGGAGUCUUUAGCAUUAUUUACCAUAUUAGUAGCUAUACACGCCCUUCUUGUGAAGCACGAUCUGAAAGGAGGGUUGAAGUGUAUAGGGUACAAAUUUUGCACCUACUCCCGUCUCCCUUCCCCUCCACAGAUCCUGACAGAGAAUCUCCAUAUCCAUCACACACUGUGACGGAGAAACUGUAGUUCUAAAGCAUCAGAUAAACGGUUAGCUACAAAUGUAUCACAAAGAAAUGGAACAAAACGAUUUCCAUUUAAUAAAUAACAAUAGAUCCAUCGUGUUUCCCAUUUUUAAUUCCAUAAGGGAUUGCGCUAACAGCUUUUUGUUGAGUUGGGGACACUAGGAAUCUUGAGGGUCUUUAGAGUAAUACAUCAUAUUAUUAGUUAUAGGUCUCCUUUUUCUACAGAUGGGGUGACUAAGGAGUCUUUCGAAUUAUUCACCAUAUUAGCAGCUAUGCACGCCCUUUUUUGGAGAUGAGGGGACUAGGAGGUCUUGGGGUUCUUUAGAAGUAUUCAUGAUAUUCAUAAUGUUAGGCCGCAGUAUUUUAGGGUAUCAACUGUUACAAUUGCGAGAAACAAUUCUCAAGACCUCUCAGCUCCCCUAGGCCCCCAUAUCUACAAAAAGGCGGUGUAUAGCUAAUAAAAUGAUGAUUAAUUCCAAAGACCACCAAAGACCGACAUUUCUUUUUGAAAUGGAAUGUCUUUUUUUGUUGGAGACUUCAGAUUGAAAUCAAAUACCCCAUAGCAUGCCAAUAAUACGUAUACUUCCCUAUAUAUGAAACUUUUGAUACAUGAAGCGCUGCCUAAUUUUUCAUCUCAUUCUACUUAGCAAGAAUUUAGCAUCUACUUCCUUUCUGCUCUGUACAAUAUGUGGUUCUUAUCAGUCGAUAUGUACCUAGGAUAAAACUUCCGAUAGACAAAUAUUUUUCCAGGCUGGUUAAACUUAUGUCAUACAUUCUUAGAAACGGAACUUUGUUAAUGUGAACUGUUGCUGGUAAUUAAAAGAAGUUGUAAUUGUCGAAAUUCAGAUUUCUUUAAAACUAGCUACCACUCUUCAGAAAUGCCAUCGUUUGGCAUUAUUUUGGGUUCAUAUGUGUGUUAACUGCUGGGUUUAGUGCAGUCUGAUCGGAAGCAUCAUCUCACCUGCAACUCCAUAAGGUUUGCUACAGUUAUCGCUUCAAUACUAUCAUCACCUUGUGAACGUCAUGUCUCGUUAUGUUUUAGCACCCAUUAGCGCAUAGUCUCUCAUUUGGAAGUCCCGUGAUACAGUGAUCAUCAGGAGGAAUUUGUUGAGAAAUCAGUUCGAAAUAACGAAGAUCUCACUGCAGUAUGCAACAUUUCUAUCAAUUACUAAUAGAUCUUGAUCUUGAGCCUGUUAUCAAUAACUCUAGCUAGCUUCAAUCAAUUCAUCUGAAAAUUUUAUUAAUGGGCUACCAUGGGUGUCCAAGGUUUUGAUGGAAUAUUGAAAACUGUAGCUGCACAUAAAGAUGCGACAGAGCCAUCAAGAAAUUUCAUCAUAGAACAGCUUACAAAUUGUGAUAUUUAUAAUACUGUGUAGUGCGUUUUGGAUUCAAGAAACUUCGUAUAUAUAACUACCAUUAGAGAUAAAAAGGGACACCAAUAAAUCAUUCAAAAAUGAAACGGAAAACAAAUAUCUUCUUCAAUGCCAUUUGACUUUAACUUAUUCCACAGAUGACAGAAAGUAUAUCUAAGUGAAAAUUACUUCUUCCCUACAUGGGAUUUGGCUUUAAAGCCAUAUGGCUGGUGUCAUAUAAAUUUUGCUUUAUCGACUCAAGAAGAAUAUAUUAUGUCAUCAAUAAAUUUAAAAUGACUAGUAGAGUAGAGAUCCAUGUACAUUGAUGUACUUUUUGUCAUUUAUUGAAGAAGUGAAAGGGAAAUGUCACCGAAGAUGUUUGCUUCCCAUUUCGUGUUUGAAUGAUUUAUUCGCUGCCUUCUUAUCUGCAAUGGUAGUCAUAUAUACCAAGUUUCUCAGAUCUAAAACUCACUGCAUGGUAGCACAAGUUCCACAAAUCUCGAGCUGCUUUAUAAUCCACUUUCUCGAUGGCUCUGCCACAUCUCCAUGCGGAGCUACAGUUUUCAAUAUUCCAUUGAAAACUUAAGGAUCAUGGAAGCAUGUUACUAACAAUUUCAGACGAAUUGGUCGACACUAGCUAGAGUUAUUGACACCAGACUUAAAAUCAGAGACUACCAGUAAUUGAUGGAAAUGUUGAAUAUAUCAGUCAAGUCUUCGUUAUUUCGAAUUGAUUUCUCAACAAAUUCUUACUAAAGAUGACUGUAUCACUUGGCUUCUGAAUAAGAGACUGCGCGGUUAUAGAUGCCAAAAACUAUCGAGACAUGACACUCACAUGAUGUUGAUAGUAUUGAAGUGGUAAUUGUAGCGAAUAUAGUAGAAUUGAAGGUGGGAUGAUGCUUUCGAUCAGAGUGCACUAACGAGGGAAGUACCCCAAGUGAUUAAUGGUUUUUGAGUUCGAACUCUGUGCAUAAGGUAGACUCUAGUGAGGAUGUAAACCCCAAAAGGAUAAGGGCUCAUAGACCUUGUCUCCAGAGUUAUAGCCAUUUUACUAGAGUUUCAGCCAAUAGCACGGUAUAUACUAACAAAUUGAAUGACAGUAUUUUGACCCGACAUCUUGCCCAUAGAUAGGUCUGCUUGUAACUAGAAUGCCCUGAAAAUUUCAAAGCAUUUUAGUUACAAGUAGACUUAUCUGCAGGCAAAAUUUCAGGUUCAAACAUUGUCAUUCGAUUUGUUAGCGUGUACCGCAAUUUAGGCUAAAAUUUCAGUAAAAUAGCUAUAAGUCUGGAGAGAAGGCAUAUGGACCCUUUCCUUUUGGUGUUUUUCAUACCGCACUGGGGUCUAAUUUAUGAAAAGAGUUCGAAUUCAAAAAUGAUUAAUCACUUGGGGUACUUUCUUGGUAAGACUAACACUGACUCCAAAUAUCAGUUCAAAAUGUUCGAAACGAUGAUAUUUCCAAAGAGUGCUAGCUAAGUUUAUCGAGCGCUGUAGCUCAAUCUAGUGGUGCAGGGAGGUCAAGGGUGAUUGAACCUUGUCGAGUAUUCGAAAAAUUAUAGUAGAGUUGAUUUAUGAAAAUCAUGACAAUGGUCCGGUUCUGAUGAAUUUCUAUGAUUAUGCGGUCACUGUAAAUAGGGGAGACAUAGGAUAAAAGGACCUUGCCGAACUAGGUGGUCUAUCUUGAAUCAGGAUAUCAUAUGUGGUUUUGUAGAGGAAUUUGCGCAGUAUCAAAUGAUAUAAAGAUUAAAAGGAAAUUAUUAAAUAGCAAACCUCCCCCCUGUAAUCCUAAGCGUGAACUCCUCUCGAGCAGUCUGGAUACCGAGAAGUUUUUUCCGUUUAUAAAGGAUUAUACUUAGGGCAAUCCAAAAUAGUAGCAGUCAUACUUUGGCACCGUACAAAAAGCUUUAGAAAACUUUCGUUUUGUAAGCAAAGAUAGUGCAAACGAUGAUCUAUGUUUUUAUGUUCUUUCAUCGUUGCUCAGCUGAUGUCAUAAUANGCUGUUUCCAAAAAGUAUGCCAAUAUUAUGGGUGCCAUAAUUGGCAACGGCAAGGUCUACAUAGUUGUCGUUAUUGAAAUCUCCAGCAACUAAUGAGGAUGGAAGAGAAUCAUAACCUGUUGAAUACGUCAUUGGAUGUGAAAAUUUUCCAUGACCAUAUCCAUAAAAGAUACUAACACUAUGAGUUCCGUGAUUAGCAGUGCCAAUACUUUAUACAUAUCCGACCAUAGUUAUUCCUACGUACAUACUACAAUCAAAUUCAGGUUUAUCUAGCAAAUCAAGCACCACUCCCAUAGGCAUUAGCGAUGUAGACUAAGAAAGGUUCUUCAAUAAUGUAUAGAGAAUGAUGAUAUCAAAUGUGAACGAUUUCUAACAAUAUCGCAAUCUUUCAUGGAUUUGGGAACGGUUCUUUCGAAAGUCAAAUACAACUUUCAACAGGCUCAUCUCGUCCAAUAGCAAUUAUUGCUGCUGACUUCAACAAUGAUACCCAACUUGAUAUUGCCACUGCCAAUCACGGAACUCAUAGUGUUAGUAUCUUUUAUGGAUAUGGUCAUGGAAAAUUUUCACAUCCAAUGACGUAUUCAACAGGUUAUGAUUCUCUUCCAUCCUCAUUAGUUGCUGGAGAUUUCAAUAACGACAACUAUGUAGACCUUGCCGUUGCCAAUUAUGGCACCCAUAAUAUUGGCAUACUUUUUGGAAACAGCAACAGAACUUUUGAAAAACAAAUCACGUUUUCAACUGGACUUGGUUCUCAUCCAUACUUCGUCGCUGUUGGCCACUUCAAUGAUGAUGGAUUUAUCGAUAUAGCUAUCGCCAAUUCUGGAACUUAUGAAAUAGGUGUACUUUUGCACAACGGUAACGGUACUUUCGCUAAUCAAGCCACCUAUUCCCCUGAGUCUGCUUUUCCGUAUGCGAUUGACGUCGUAGACUUCAAUCAAGAUAAUCGAUUAGACAUUAUCGUCACUAAUAACGGCCUUGAAAAUAUAGGUGUACUUCGUGGAUAUGGAAACGGCCAUUUUGAAAAUCCAAUUAUGUAUUCAACUGGAUCCCAUUCUUCGAUUUCACUCGCGGUAGGCGAUCUCAAUAAGGACUAUCGAUUAGACAUUGUCGUUGUCAACAAUGAUACUGGUAGCAUAGAUAUUCUCCUUGGUUAUUUUGAGGGUUUUGAAAAUCAAACAAGGUAUUCAGCUGGCUCUAAUCCACAAUCUAUAGCUGUUAGUGAUUUCAACAACGACACUCAACUAGAUAUCGUUGUCGCCAAUUAUGGUACCGAUGAUGUGAGUGUUCUUCUUGGAUAUAGGAACGGUUCUUUUGCAAAACAAACAAAAUAUUCAGUUGGCUCUCAUCCAAUAUCUGUAGCUAUUGAUGAUUUCAAUAACGACACUCGACUAGAUAUCGUUGUCGCCAAUUCAGGUAGCAAUGAUGUGAGUGUUCUUCUUGGAUAUCGGAACGGCUCUUUUGCAAAAGAAGCAAGAUACUCAGUUGGCUUCAGUCCAGAGUCCGUAGCUGUUGGUGAUUUCAACAACGACGUUCAACUAGAUAUCGUUGUCGCCAAUUCAGGUAGCAAUGAUGUGAGUGUUCUUCUUGGAUAUCGGAACGGUUCUUUUGCAAAAGAAACAAAAUAUGCAGUUGGCUUCUUACCACAUUCUGUAGCUGUUGGCGAUUUCAACAACGACGUUCAACUAGAUAUCGUUGUCGUCAAUUAUAUUACCGAUGAUGUGAGUGUUCUUCUUGGAUAUGGGAACGGUUCUUUUGCAAAAGAAACAAGAUAUUCAGUUGGCUCUAAUCCAAAAUCUGUAGCUGUUGAUGAUUUCAAUAAUGACGCUCGAUUAGAUAUCGUUGUCGUCAAUUAUGGUAGCAAUGAUGUGAGUGUUCUUCUUGGAUAUGGGAAUGGUUCUUUUGCAAAAGAAACAAAAUAUGCAGUUGGCUUCUCUCCAUAUUCUGUAGCUAUUGGCGAUUUCAAUAACGACACUCGACUAGAUAUUGUUAUCACCAAUUCCUUUAGCAAUAAUGUGAGUGUCCUUCUUGGAUAUGAGAACGGUUCUUUUGCAAAAGAAGUAAGAUACUCAGUUGGCUCCAGUCCAGAGUCCGUAGCUGUUGGUGAUUUCAAUAACGACACUCGAGUAGAUAUCGUUGUCGCCAAUAUUCUUAGCAAUGAUGUGAGUGUCCUGCUGCAAUAUAACAGAGGAGGAAUAAGAUAUGAAGCGACCUAUGCAUCUGGUGGUGGCUCUAACCUACAACACGUAGUUAUUGGUGAUUUGAACAACGACACUAAUCUGGAUAUCGUCGUGGCUAAUUACGGCACUAAUAAUGUAGAUGUUCUUUUUGGAUAUGGGAAUGGAAGUUUGGAAAACCAAAUGAUGCUUAGUACUGGCUCAAAUUCUCAUCCGACUUCGAUUGCUAUUGACGAUUUCAAUGGUGACAGUGUACUAGACAUCGCUGUAGUUGAUUAUGCUACAAAGGAAGUAGGUCUAAUUCUUGGAAAUGGAAAUAGAACAUUUGCGAGUCAGACAACUAAUGGAAUUAGUUCUGAUUCACGUCCGUUAGCUGUGGCAUCUGGUGAUUUUAAUAAUGACAACCGAUCAGAAAUUGCUAUCAUUUAUGACGGAAUGGAUAAUGUAGAUAUCAUUGUCGCAUACAAUCAUGGUUCUUUUGCCAAAGAAACAAGUUAUUCGGUUGGAUCUAAUCCAAUAUAUGUAGCUAUUGAUGAUAUCAAUAACGACACUCGACUAGAUAUCGUUGUCGCCAAUUCGGGUACCAAUGAUGUGAGUGUCUUUCUUGGACAUGAGGACGGCUUUUUUGCAACAGAAACAAGAUAUCCAGUUGGCUCUAAUCCAGUAUCUGUAGCUGUUGGUGAUUUCAAUAGCGACACUCGACUAGAUAUUGUUGUCGCCAAUUCGGGUAGCAAUAAUGUGAGUGUUCUUCUUGGAUAUGGGAACGGUUUUUUUGCAAAACAAACAAAAUAUUCAGUUGGCUCUCUUCCAAGUUCUGUAGCUGUUGGUGAUUUCAAUAACGACACUCGACUAGAUAUUGUUGUCACCAAUUCCUUUAACAAUAAUGUGAGUGUUCUUCUUGGAUAUGGGAACGGUUCUUUUGCAAAACAAACAAAAUAUUCAGUUGGCUCUUGGCCAUCAUCUGUAGCUGUUGGUGAUUUCAACACCGACCAUCGACUAGAUAUUGCUAUCGCCAAUUCGGGUGGCAAUGAUGUGAGUGUUCUUCUUGGAUAUGGGAAUGGUUCUUUUGCAAAAGAAACAAGAUAUACAGUUGUCUCUAAUCCACUAUCCGUAACUGUCGGUGAUUUCAAUAACGACCAUCGAUUAGACAUCGUUGUUGUCAGUUGGAUAAGCAGCGAGGUGAGUGUUCUUCUUGGAUAUGGGAAUGGUUCUUUUGCAAUAGAAACAAGAUAUUCAGUUGGCUCUAAUCCAUUAUCUGUAGCUGUUGGUGAUUUCAAUAAUGACACUCGAUUAGAUAUCGUUGUCGUCAAUUUUGGUAGCAAUGAUAUGAGUGUUCUUCUUGGAUAUGAGAACGGUUCUUUUGCAAAGGAAACAAGAUAUUCAGUUAGCUCUCAUCCAAAUUUUGUAGCUGUCGGUAAUUUCAAUAACGACACUCGACUGGAUAUUGUUGUCACCAGCUCCUUUAACAAUGUUUUGAGUGUCGUUCUUGGCUGUGACUAUAUAGUAUUUGUAAAGCAAAUGAUGCUCAUAACUGGAAAUGAUUCUCGACCACAGUCUUUAGUAAUUACCGAUUUUAAUAACGAUGGUCUGAUGGAUAUCGGCGUCGUUAAUUCAUUAAAUCAUAAUAUUGGUAUUUUUCUUGGAUAUGGAGAUAUCUCUUUUGGAAAUCAAAUGACAUAUUCAACUUACCCAUAUUUAAAUCCAUGCUCUAUGGCUGCCGGUGAUUUCAACAAUGAUACUCGAGUGGAUAUCGUCUUUGCCAAUUGCGAGUUGGACAGUGUUGGUAUUGUUCUUGGAUAUGGGAAUGGCUCUUUUGGAAAUCAAAUGAUGUAUUCAACAAGCUCCAGUUCGUCUCGAUUCUUUUUAGCUGUAAACGACAUUAACAACGACGCUAUACAAGACAUUAUCAUCGCGAUUUAUGAUACCAAUUAUCUAGGUGUUUUUCUGGGACAUGGAAAUGGCACAUUUGCAAGUAUCAUCUUAUUUCCGUUGGAAUAUGGAUCCAAUCCAUUCUCUAUUGUCGUUGGAGAUUUCAACAAUGACAGAAAACUAGAUAUUGCCGUCGCCAAUAAUGGAACUGACAGUUUAAAUAUUCUGUUGCAGACUUGUUAG